AUGAUGUCUGGAUACUCUCCGGAAACAUUCAAACCCCUCCUCGCCAAACUGAUCAAGACGCCAGAGUACUUUGACCCAGACGAUCUCCGGAUAGCCCUCGAGCAUGUAUUCACCCCCGACGCUGUCCAGCCAGUGCAGAUCGGGUCCUUCCUCACCGCUCUACACAUCGAGCGCGUCGAGCGGCGACCAGACUGCCUUGCCGCUGCUGCAGCCGUUCUACGGUCGCGCGCGCUCAAGGCCACCAUCGAAGGAACAGAGACCGAUUUCGUGGUCGACAUCGUCGGGACGGGUGGAGAUGGGCACAACACCUUUAACGUGAGCACGACCGCUGCCGUAGUCGCCGCCGGAGCGGGUGCGCGAGUGAUCAAGCAUGGCAGCAGAGCGUCGACGUCGUCCUCAGGCUCGGCCGAUCUCCUGCAAUCGCUCGACUGUUUAUUCAUACCGCCCUCCGCCGACACCCCGGUGCCUAUUCCCCGUAUCCCCUUCACCUUCAUCCUCGCUCCCCACUAUCACCCCGCCAUGGCGAUGAUCGCGCCCUACCGAAAGGCCCUCCCACACCGCACCAUGUUCAACGUCCUCGGACCGCUCAUCAACCCCGCGCGGCCGCGCGGCAUGGUCCUCGGUGUAGCGGAGCCCGAGCUCGGGCAGCCCUUCGCGCAGUCGCUGCGCUCCGGCGGCGUUGAGCGCGCGCUUGUCGUCUGCGGUGCGGAGGGGCUCGACGAGAUCAGCUGCGCGGGCGAGACGCACGCUUGGGAGCUCGCCGACGGGCGCAUCACAGAGCGCACGUUGCAUCCAGAGCAGUUUGGCCUGGCGGUGCACCCCCUGGCCGCCGUCGCGGGCGGGACACCCGCAGAGAAUGCGGAGACGUUCAGGCUGCUGCUCACGUCCGGGGAGGAUAUCCCCGAGCGUCUCACACCUGUGCUGCACUUUGUGCUAUUGAAUGCCGCUGCGCUGUUGGUCGUCGCUGGACUUGCGGAGAAUUACAAGGACGGCGUUGAGAAAGCUAUGAAAAGCAUCACUUCUGGGGCGGCGUGGAAGGCUUUAGAGACGUUCCGUGAUGUGGGGAAGGUCGCGCUGUCCAAGCUGCAGUCCCGAUGA